GACUACCAGCAUUGUCAACAACAACAGCUGGUGACCGUGAGUGUCUAGACAUCAGCAUCGAGGGAAAACCUUCACACAAACUGCACCUAUCAUAAAGAAGAAGCACCACCAUUGACCGCCAAGUGCUCACAUCAAGUCUUAACUCUUAAGAAACAAGAUUCAAGCCUUGCCUGGCAAUCAACACCGACGCUGGACCGUGACGCCUCUCCCAACAUCACCACUCGUGCAGUUGUCCACAGGAGUAAACCUUCAUACAAACUCACCUGUCAUAAAGAAGAUGAAAACUCACCAGUGUCCAGAGUGUGGGAGAGGUUUUAGUCAUCUUCGGGAUAUGAAGAGACACAAAAUAGUACAUUCGGAUGAAAAACCUCACGCGUGUCCAGAGUGUGGGAAGAAGUUCAGUCAUUUCUACAAUAUGAAGACCCACAGGAUGGUGCAUUCAGGUGAUAAAACUCACCAGUGUCCAGACUGUGGGAGGGGUUUUAGUCAUCUUCGAGAUAUGAAGAGACACAUGAUGGUGCAUUCGGGAGAAAAACCUCACGCGUGUCCGGAGUGUGAUAAGAGUUUCAAACGUCCUGAAGAUAUGAGGAGGCACUGGAUGGUACACUCGGGUGAAAAACCUCAUGAGUGUCCAGAAUGUGGUAAGUGUUUCAGACGUCCUGAAGAUAUGAGGAGACAUGUGUUAGUGCAUUCGGGUGAAAAACCUCACGAGUGUCCAGAGUGUGGAAAGAGAUUCAGUCAGCUUGGAAAUAUGAAGACUCACAUGUUAUUGCACACAGAUGAAAGAUCUUACGAGUGUGUCGAGUGUGGUAAAAGAUUUCGUCAUCUUGGAAGUAUGAGGAGGCAUACAAUGGUGCAUACGGAUGAUCAACCUCAUGAGUGUCCAGAGUGUGGAAAGAGAUUCAGUCAUCUUGGAAAUAUGAAGAAACACAGGAGUGUACAUAAUGAUGAAAAACCUUUUGAGUGUGCAGAGUGUGGCAAGAGAUUUAGGGUACGUAGAAAUAUAAUACAGCACAUGUUAGUGCAUUCAGAUGAUAAGCCUCAUGAGUGUCCAGAGUGUGGGAAGCGAUUCAGGCGUCUUCCUGAUUUGAGGAGGCACUGGAUGGUACACUCAGGUGAUAGACACUCCAUUUUGAGUUUGGCAGAGCAUUCCAAGAAUGUUAAAGUAUAAUAAAGCACAUAUUAGUGCCUUAUUAGACCACCAGUAUUCCCAAGUGGCUGAAAUAGAACCCACGGCCACCACACGAGAAACAAAAUAUCCAUUUUGAUAUGGCAAAAGCGUGACUUGACUUGACCAAAGCAGAAAUGAUCCGCAAACCAAGGGUUCUAAACUGUGGAAUGACCUCCCUAAUGAAGCUGGUGCCUGUACUGUACCUCUCUCAAUCAAUUAAGAAGAUAAAUUUAUAACUGCCUAUAAUUAACUCUUAUGUAACCCGCUCUAUUGGCUUUUGCUCACCCUACGUGUUCAACCGGUGUUUGAUGUUAUUGUGAACAUUUAUUACUAAAUUUAAAUUGUUACAAAAAUGUCUUGUCUAAAUAAUUAAAAAUUUUAUAAAAUCUGUUUUAAUCUUUUCUGUAAUUACAGAAUUACUUACUGUUUUAGUACUGUUGCAAAACUGCAGUCUCCAAAAAUUGUGUAAGAAAUUGGCAAUCAUUUUAUAAAUCUCUUCAACAAUUCAGGAAUAUUAUCUCUCAUUUAAUUUUAAGUAUUAUCUUAUUAAGUAUAUACUGUAUAUAUAUUAUUCGCCUAACUUUUUCAAAUUAUGCCCAAAAUGCUCUUGAGUACUUAGUGGCUGGAUACCAUGUACAGAACUUAGCUUACCAAUGAAUUCUCCACUGUGUGUAUCAUUUCUAUGUACAUUUGUAUUGUAUAAAUAAAUUAUUAUUAUUA